AUGCACAAUAGAGUUUUAAUAGCUUUAAUGAAUGUUAUUAAGGCAGUCGAUUUGAAUUUAGAUGGAAUUCUUAAUAAGAAAGAAAUAAGCAAAGCUAAUAAAUUAUUGGCUAAAAUUGCUCAUCAAUCAGCUAAUCAAUGGCUUAAAGAUAACGAUAAAGAUGGUGAUGGAGAAUUAAAUUUAGCGGAAUUUAUUCAAACUUCACCUAUCGAAUAUGGAAUUUACGCUAAGCAAAUUGAGAAAAUUUUUGAAGAUGCCGAUGGUGACGCAAAUCAACGACUUAAUAUUUUUGAAACGAUAAAAGGACGUCAAAUGGCGAGAAUUUUCGCCUUAAAAUUUGGUACAACAAUUUUGAAGAAUGGUCGUACCGUUCCAAUCAAAUUUGCACCAAUGCAAUUAGCAUUAGAGAAGAAAAAUCGAGAAUUGAGCAUAAAUUCCAAGCAAAAGAUCGAAAAAUUUACUGUCGUACCAAAAAGAAAAUCGGCAACUAAAGAUGAAAAAUCUUAUUCCAAUAUGCCAACAAAUUCUGACGAAUUCGCUCUCAAUCAUAUAAGAAGGACACGUCAAACAGGUCAAUUUAAUGUUUAUACUGAAAUAAUAGUGACAGUUGGAAGGAAAUUUCCGGAAAAUUUGAUAGUUGCAAUACUAAAAGCCAGUAUGCCUUUAAAAGAAAAAGAGAAAGAAGUUCAUGCAUAUGCUGAUGAUCAACCAAAUACUUCUUUUAUAAAUGAGCAUGAAAACGAUAAAUUUACUAAACAAAGGCAACCAGAGAUGAAUAUUUUUGAAAGAUUAAUUGAAACAUUUAAAAAAGCAGUAAAAGAUUUAAAAUCAGCUAACGAAGAAAAGAUUAAAGUCGUUGAGGAAAACGAAAAUUUCGAAAAAAAUGAUAUUAUCAAUAUUAAUGGAACUAAUGAUAAGAGAUUAACAACGAAGACUUAUCAAUCAAUUGAUGAAGUAUCGUCGACCUCGUUCACGACAAUAUUCCUUCCCGGCGAUCAUUUUACGAACGAUAAUACAAAUAACAAUCCAACAACGACAAACGUAGUACCAAAUUCUCCGCACGAUAGUUCAAGAAGCGAAGAAAGCAGUGCAAAAACUGGUAAAAUUAUCUUAGAAAAUGAAAAAAUCAGUACCACAACAAAUAAGAAUAAUCAUGAAAAAAGCCUAGCACGAGAUUCCUCCCCGCGCAAUAUUUCAGGAAACGAUGGAAUCAGUACCACAACAAAUAAGAAUAAUCAUGAAAAAAGCCUAGCACGAGAUUUCUCCCCGCACAAUAUUUCAGGAAACGAAGGAAUCAGUACCACAAUAAAUAAAAUUAACAAUCAUGAACAAAUUCGUGGAGCAAUUUAUGAAGAGCGACUCACCAAUGAAAAUGGUGUUUUAAUUCAUACAAUUGUAACAAAUUCAGACGAUUUUAAAAUUAUUCCUAUGAAAAUCGAAAAUGAAUUUCCUAAAAAACAAACAACAAAAAAACAAAUUCAGCAUUCCAAUUCAACAAAAAUACCAUUAUCAUCGGUCAAUUUGCAUCAAAAAUCCGUUAAAAAAUUAACUAAGGAAGGAGUAAAAAAUAAUAAAACUAAUAAUGAUAAUAAUAAUAAUAUUAGCCAUUUAUUCGAUAAAAUCACUUUUAAUCAGUCAGCGGAAAUUCGUAAUGAAACAAAACACUACUAUAGUGAAAAUUUCGAUAAUAAUAAACAUACGAUCCACGACGCUAUCAUAGAACCACAAAAUAAUCGAAUGAACGCAACCGAUUCGGUGACUAAAUCACCAAAAAAAUUGACCAAAUUGGAUGAAAUAAAAAAUAUAUUUGAUUUAAAUCAAAUUAUGAAUUAUGAAUUAACUAAUAGAAAUAUCACAAAUAUUGAUAAAAAUUCGACGAUUAAUGAAACUAUGAAAAAUGGUGAAAAACGCCUAAAUAUUAUUCACCAUUCACCAAAUAAUUCGAAUAUUUUAAAAAAUGAAACAACAGUAACGAAAUUUCGAAAUACGAAUGAAUACGGCUUCAUCGUUCAUUCACCAAUUUCGUCCAAUAAUUUUAGUAUUUUAAAAGUGAAAAAUGAAGCAGGUGAAUUCGUUAAAAGCGAUCAUCAUUUAAUGCCAAUCGAAAUGAAUAUUGAAAAUCUAAAAUCCAUUUCAAAAUUAUAUCGAAAUGAAAAAGGAGAAAUUGUUCAUAGUCAAUUAGAUAGUAAUGAUUAUUCGUUGUUAAAUGUUAAUGAUAAGAACGGAAAUAAUCUUUCGCUACAGCAACUUGCAUUUUCUAUCGAUGAUAGCGAAGAAGACGAUUUCUUUGAUGAUACUCAAUUUGAUAAUCAAAAAUCGAAUAUUCAACAAUCGAAAAUUAAAAUCAAUACAAAUAUCAAUAUUAUUGGUAAAAAUGGUGAAAAAAGCACCAGAAAAGAAUAUAAAAAAUUAAUAUAA